UCUCCCACUCCUCAAACACCGACAUUGUUCUUCUCCAACAAUGGCUCGCUCCUCCGCUGUUGUAUUGGUCGUGAUGUUGGCCUUCGCCGCCGUCGCUGCUCCUCUCGCUAACGCUGCCUCCGCCGACCCCAACAAGGGUCAGGCUGCUUCUCCAUCUAACAAAGGUCAGGGUCAGCAGGCACAGUCACCACAGGGUCAGGGUCAAGCUCAGUCACCCCAGGGUCAGGGACAGGCUCAGUCACCCCAAGGACAGGGUCAGGGUCAGAACCAAGGUCAGGCUCAGGCACCUCAACCACCACCGCAGCAAUCUCAGUCACCCCAGCAGUCUCAAUCUCCCCAGCAGUCUCAGACUCCUCCACCGCAGUCGUCGCAGUCUCCUUCCCCUCAGAAGGCUCAGUCUCCACAGGGCAGCAGUCAGUCUCCAAGCAAGUCCCCCACCUCCUCCUCCCCACCAACCUCCUCCUCUUCCUCAUCACCCUCCUCCUCCCCAAAACACUCGAGCUCAUCCUCAUCCUCAUCCUCAUCCUCCUCAUCCCCCACCAGCUCAUCCCCACCUGCUCCCCCAGCAUCUGACACCGCUGCCGCCCCAACUGAAGCCCCCACGACCACUGCCGCCGCUCCCGCACCAUCCUCCGCCUCCACCAGUAGAUCCUACGCCGCUGGGUCUCUCACAGCUGUCGCCAUCGCUGCAUGGCUUUUGCACUAAAUGAUAAGGAGGAUGAAUACGACGUCGCGUUUUGUUAUAUGGACACACUCUUCAAAGACGGUCGUGGAUCUCGUAUUGUUUUACAGAUUAAAUAUUGUUUUAUUAUGCCUGAAUUUAUUUUAUUUUAGUAGAUAUAGAGAAUUUAUAAUUCCGGGGUGAUUAAGAAUGAUUUCGGUGGUGAUUUGGUUGUAUGGUGGUUUGGACGGAGGAG